GGUGUAGGCAGCAGCAGUAGUAGCAGCAGCGGUAGUAGCAGCAGCAGCAGUAGUAGCAGCAGCGGUAGUAGUAGCAGCAGUAGCUACACCACAGCAGCAGUGCCAGCAGCAGUAGCAUCACCACAGGAGCACCACAAGCAGCAGCAACAGUCAGAGAUGAAGGUAGCAAUAUUGUUGUUAUUGUGUUCGCUGGGGCUCGUCUUUGCUGGGAUGUCCUGGCAGGAAUUCAAGGAUAAAUACAACAAGCAGUAUGAAACUGUAGAAGAGGAGACCUACCGCAAGAAAAUCUUCGAGGAGAACUUGCAGUAUAUCGAAGAUGUCAACAGGAAGUAUGAGAAGGGUGAAGUCAGCUAUAACUUGAACAUGAAUAAGUUUGGUGACUUGACAGCUGAGGAAUUGAAAAGUAUAAUGAACGGUUACAGAGGCAAAGCUAAGUAAUUCCAGGAACCAAAUGACUGCUGAGGCCCAUGAACUGAGUUCAGCUGAGUCAACCUCUCCAUCAUAUGGCCUGCCUUAUCAGACUCAAGUACUUUCAUAGCGGCUUAGAGUCCCAUGCUGUUCUGUUAGUAACAAUGUUCAGUAAAUGAGGAAAUAAAACAGAUACAGAAAUA